AUUCAUCCCUCGCCGCCUCCGUUCGGUAGGAAGGGUUUGCUGCCGCCUAUCCAGAUCUUCUGAUCCUUCCGUUAAUCGAGUUGUUCGACGAAUGGCGCUCGCCAACGGCACCUCCCUCCUCCCACGCCACCAGCCCCUACCGGCCUCCGCGGACGUAGUCCCCCGGGCUUCCCUCCCGUCCCUCGUCCGUACCGCCCUGCGGAAGGGCUAUCCUCGCCCGAUCUCCGCCGUCCACGCUGCGGAACCCGCCAAGAACCCGGUCAAGACCAAGGAUCUGGUCUCGACCGUGGAGGAGAAGGCCGUGAAAUGGUCGGUGGAGAGCUGGAGGACGAAGAAGGCCCUUCAGUUGCCGGACUACACGGACAAGAUUGAGCUGGAGUCGGUUCUCAAAACUAUCGAGAACUUCCCGCCGAUCGUGUUCGCUGGCGAAGCCCGCCACCUGGAGGAGCACCUCACGGAUGCUGCGCUUGGCAAGGCGUUCGUUCUGAUGGGGGGCGAUUGCGCUGAGAGUUUCAAGGAAUUCAACGCCAACAAUAUUAGGGAUACCUUCCGGAUUCUGCUUCAGAUGGGCGCCGUUCUCAUGUUCGGCGGCCAGAUGCCCAUCGUCAAGGUGGGGAGAAUGGCUGGGCAGUUCGCCAAGCCUAGAUCGGAGCCGUUCGAGGAGAAGAAUGGAGUGAAGCUUCCUAGUUACAGAGGGGACAACAUCAAUGGCGACUCAUUUGACGAGAAAUCGAGAAAUCCAGAUCCUCAGAGGAUGAUCCGAGCCUACUGUCAGUCUGCGGCGACGCUCAACCUUCUCCGGGCGUUUGCCACCGGUGGCUAUGCUGCCAUGCAACGUGUUACCCAGUGGAAUCUCGAUUUCACCGAGCACAGCGAGCAGGGUGACAGGUAUCAGGAAUUGGCCCACCGGGUGGAUGAGGCCUUAGGGUUCAUGGCCGCCGCUGGACUCACCAUGGACCAUCCCAUCAUGACCACAACCGAGUUCUGGACCUCCCAUGAGUGCCUUCUCCUUCCCUAUGAGCAGGCUCUCACUCGCGAGGACUCUACUUCAGGUCUCUUCUAUGACUGCUCCGCCCAUUUCCUCUGGGUGGGAGAACGUACCCGACAACUCGAUGGUGCGCACAUCGAGUUCCUCCGUGGGGUUGCCAAUCCCCUCGGCAUCAAGGUGAGUGAUAAGAUGGACCCCAAGGAGCUGGUGAAACUGAUUGAGAUCUUGAACCCCCUCAAUAAACCCGGGAGGAUCACCAUUAUAACAAGGAUGGGAGCAGAUAAAAUGAGGGUGAAGCUCCCUCAUCUGAUCCGCGCUGUUCGAGGAGCUGGUCAGAUUGUAACCUGGGUCAGUGAUCCCAUGCACGGCAACACCAUCAAGGCCCCUUGUGGCCUCAAAACUCGACCUUUUGACUCAAUUCUGGCCGAAGUCCGGGCAUUCUUUGAUGUCCACGAGCAAGAAGGAAGCCAUCCUGGAGGCGUGCACCUGGAGAUGACCGGGCAAAAUGUGACCGAGUGCAUUGGUGGAUCGCGCACUGUCACUUUUGAUGACCUGUCUUCGCGCUACCACACCCACUGUGACCCGAGGCUGAAUGCUUCCCAGUCACUUGAGCUGGCAUUCAUCAUCGCUGAGAGACUGCGAAAGAGAAGGAUCGCUGCUAAGUCCCUCAAUCCGCUCAAGCAGUUGGACUCUUGGCCUAGCCUGUGAUGUGGGAAUCGGAUGUAUAUUUUUUUUUUGUCUCAGUUGGAGGUGUGGUCUCACUAGGAGAUGGUCAACUUGUUAUUUACUAUGAGCGUUUGUAGUAUUUAUCUAAACCUAAAGUUAAGCUUGUUCUGUCAUGGAAAUAAAAGGGCAAAAGAUUGCAUGUUGUGUGCAAGUUGCAAA